AAGCCCGCCCAGGCAGAUUGCUUUUCUCAGGCGACAUCGAAGAAAGCCGUGCUCGGUCCCUCUGCUUGCUUCUCGUCUUCGCUGAGCCGGCGCCCCCGCGACCGUGAGCCAGCCUCGCGGAAAAAGAGUUCCGAGGGUCCAGCCGAGCGUUCGCUCCAAACAAAUUUUGGCCUGAAAGUCAGCGCGUUUUGCCAGCAUGUCUGUUGAACUGGAAGAAGCUGACCUGCCGCUGACCGAGACAGAAGAGGCGCCUCUGGCUUCGGAAAAAAAGGGGGCGGCUAAGAAAGCCAAAGGUGGCGUGUCGGCGCUCUCCCCAUCCAAGAAGAAGAAAAACAACAAGAAAAAGAACCAGCCCGGCAAGUACAGCCAGCUAGUGGUGGAAUCCAUCCGCAAAUUGGGCGAGCGUAAUGGCUCCUCGCUGGCCAAAAUCUACAACGAAGCUAAGAAAGUGGCUUGGUUCGACCAGCAAAACGGGCGGACCUAUCUCAAAUACUCCAUCAAGGCGCUGGUGCAAAACGACACAUUGCUCCAAGUGAAAGGCACCGGCGCCAAUGGCUCCUUCAAGCUCAACAGGAAAAAGCUGGAGGGGGGAACCGAAGGAGGCGGCGGCGGCUCCCACGCCAAAUCCCACAAGAAGGCGGUCGUCGCGUCCACUUCGCGAAAGGUCGAGAAGAAGCCCGUCGCCAAGAGCAAAAAGCUGGAGAAGAAAUCGCACAAGAAAGGCGCGGGCGGCGGGACCGCCAAGAAAGACAAGGUGAAAGCGAAGAAAGCCCCCAAGAAAAGCGUCCCUUCCCCCAGCGCCAAGAAGGUGAAAAAAUCGGCGAAGCCCAAGGCGCUGAAGAGCAGGAAAUGAGACUGCCGGCCUCCGACUUGGAGGGAAGAUGCCGCCUCCGUUGUCUUUCGCCCCGAGACUUUUAAGCCCGACACGACACUUGACUUUUAGCUCGAAGCACAGAGCCAUGUUUCCUGCUUUUGAUUUUUUUUUGAGCCCCAUUUCUGCAUCAUUUCUUCCCUCGGAAGGCGGGCGUGUGUAAAAUAGCACUUCGCUUUCAACCACAGACCCCUAUCGAGAUCAUUGGGACAUUUUGGAUCGUGGAAAGGUGGUACACCUUCACCUCGCACCCUUUUCCUUUUUAUUGGAAUAUUGUUGCCAUUGGAAGCUUGCUUUUCUGCUUUUGUGUUCUGCAAAAGUAGUGUGAUGUCGUUGUAAAUACUCCCUACCCCACCCCCCAUUUCUGGGCGAGGUUCGGCCCCUUGUCAUCAGCCUCCAAUUUUACUGCAGGGGAACGGGCGGGGAGUCAUCCUUGGUGGAUUCCUAAAGUUUGAACUACCAGCCCCCUCUUUAAAGGCUGAGAUGCCAUGGCAACAGCCUGUUGGAUGCACGGGCGUCCGCCCAGUUCUUGGGCCUGGAGUGCUGGCGGCAAUUGCAAGGGGGUGGGGGGGGCGGUCGCAUGGGACCAAGUGACCAACAGAGUAGCUGAUUUUACCUGGGAGACUUGCGCAAUCACUGCAGGGUUGAAAUACGCGUUUAGUCGAAUCGGGUCGGGAAGUGGG